UAUUGGUGAGUAGAAAAAAAUGUCCACUCGCUACCACCAAGCUGCUAGUGAUAGCUACCUGGAACUUCUGAAAGAGGCUACCAGGAGAGAUCUGAACCUUUCUGAUGAAGAUGGCAUGACUCCUACACUCCUGGCAGCCUACCAUGGGAACUUGGAAGCCCUAGAAAUAAUCUGCAGCAGAGGAGGGGACCCUGACAGAUGUGACAUCUGGGGAAAUACUCCUCUACAUUAUGCAGCCUCUAAUGGUCAUGCCCACUGCGUCUCAUUCCUAAUCAACUUUGGUGCCAACAUCUUUGCCUUGGACAAUGACUUACAGUCACCACUGGAUGCUGCUGCCAGCAGAGAGCAGAAUGAAUGUGUUUCUCUCUUGGAUAAUGCAGCUACUGCACAGAACAUCAUGAACCCCAAGAAGGUCACUAGGCUGAAGGAGCAGGCUCAGAAGAAUGCAAGGAGGCAGAUCAAAGAGUGUGAAAGGCUUCAGGAGAAGCAUGAAAAUAAGAUGUCCCGCACCUUCAGAAAGGAAGAAUCUGGUAAUUUUUCUUCUAAGAGCACUUUUUCCAGAUCAUCCCUUUCAAAUGCUUCUGCUUCUAGCACAUUUGGGUCACUGUCUAAGGGCAUUAAAGGCACCUUCAAAAUAAAGUUCAAGAAGAAUAAAGAUACAGCAGAGCAGGUAGAGGAGUGCAGGAAUGAGCAGAGGAAUGUGAUGGAAGUGUUCAGAGAGGAAGAAGAAGACACAUUCUCAGGGGACUUCAGAGAGAAGCUCCAGGUUUCAGCAGAGGGUAGCUAUGUGCAGCACGAAUCCAUUCUCAGCCGUCCAGGUCUAGGAAAUAUUGUUUUUAGAAGGAACGAAAUAUCAAGCCCUGAAGACAUCUCAGAUACCAAGAAGGAGUUAGGGUUUAAAAUGUCCAGUGAAUUGCUUCAGAGUCGAGGAGAAGCACAGGCUAAUGAAGCAGCGGCUGAUGAGGAGGGAGAAGAAAACAGCUUGGAAGAUGAUCUCCCUUGGGAUGAGGAUGCAAUGGAGUGGGAGGAAGAUGUGGCUGAUGCUACACCCCUGGAAGUAUUCUUACAGUCCCACCACCUGGAAAAGUUUCUUUCCUUUUUCAUGAGAGAGCAGAUUGAUCUAGAAGCUCUGUUGCUUUGCUCUGAUGAGGACCUUCAGAGCAUUCAAAUGCAGCUGGGUCCCAGGAAGAAAGUUCUUAAUGCCAUAAACAGAAGGAAGCAAGUGCUCCAGCAGCCUGGGAAAAUGGGUGACACCAGCUUGUGAUGGAGUGUUGGCUCAACGGGGUGUGCCUACAGCAUGGGGUGAUGCUGUGGUCCACUGAAGCACUCCAGGCAAUAUCUGCUCUCUACUGAAUGCCCAACCACUGGGUAUGAUGUCUGAGGUUUUGGAAUUGCCCACCUGAAAAAUAGGCCCAAGCUCUACUCUGUGAAAUUCUCUAUACCUUUACAAAUAAACCACCAGUGAGAAACUCAAGGAGACCUGGGAACAAAAAUUGGUAUUUCUCUUCAAUUAUAUUUUUAAUAUUUUUAAAUAUGGAAAGACUUAAAUGGGUGAGAAAGAAGAAGAAAAACUCUCUUUACUUUUCCAACUCUGGAUGUAAGAUUAUAAUCUCUCAUCACACUGCUUUUCAUUUACUGAUUCUCAUGGCCGGGGGAUUCCAACUCCAAUUCUGUCCUUAGCUCUAGACUUUGUUGGUGAAGAUUAAAGUUCCUCCAUUGGCCUAAGAUGUGAUACCCAACCUAACUGUGUCUGAACCUUUAACAUAUGUCUACAGGUUUACAAGUAAUGAAAAUGGGCCUACAAUACUCCUACCUGAGAACAGACAGAGUAUCAGGUAGGGAGACUGAAGAGAGAAAUAGAAUAUAGGGUACCUGCUAUGGACUGAAUUGUUUCCCCCAAAUUCAUAUACCAAAGCCCUAUCCCCAAUAUGACUGGAAUUUGGAGAUAAGACCUUUAUUAAUGAGGUGACUGAAGUUAGAUGGGGUCAUAUGGGUGGGGCCCUAAUCCCAUAUAACUCUUGUCCUUGAAGAGGAAGAGACACCAGGGAUGCACAUGCACAGAGAAAAGGCCAUGUGAGGACACAGCAAGGGGAUGGCCACCUUCAUGCCCAGGUGAGAGACCUCAGGAGAAACCAGACCUGUCAACACCUUCAUCUUGAACUUC